AUGGAUCUUCGGCGUGAUCACAGAUUCAACCCCUUCUCGCCCUCGCCUGAGCACCAGGCCAUCCUGGAGUCAGCACCAGACAUGGAUCUGGAUGGUGUGGAUUACAGUGACCCCUCGACCAUCGCAAGGCUCACAGGUAUGCCUGCUCCGCCGACAAUGGAGCCUGCCGACCUCCAGCGGCAGGCCAGAGGCAUGUCAGAGGACAUCUUCCACAAUCAUGGCUUGCUCCAGGAGAUCCUCUAUCGCCACGAGGCGACCAUCCAAAAGCGGUGGUCCAAGAAGACUCGGCCGCAGAAACUCAAGAUCCUCCUCGAUGCCUGGCCUAACAUGGCAGUUGACCACCGUCCUGACUUCCAAACCUUUCGCAACAAGCAACAGUAUGUGCGUCUCUCCGGGACCAGCCUCCGGGAGCACUUCGUGUGGCCGUAUAUCAAUCAGGAAGACCUCGCCAAGCCCAAAACGCUGUUGCUCCUGCUCAACUCGCGAGGGCGCCAACCCCCUUCGGACUUUGCCGCCGCUGACAUCGAGUCGAUGCAUCUUGGCAUAGUCACUUUUGCAAUCCGUCCCGUCUUCCUCAACUGUUAUGUUCUUGUGCUUAACGGCGCUACUAAUCCAGCCGAGUACGGCAAGCUGCUGGCGUGGGACGACCACCCCGAAGCCUUCGACUGGAUGCACACGAGAAAGCAGUUCCUUCCCGGAGAAGGCCUGCUAGUUCUCGAAGCGCAACAGCGCCUCAUGAAGUUCCUCGUCAAGUGCUGCCAAAGCAUUCUCCAUGACAUUCCGGCCGAUGACCUGGUCAGCGCCGCUUACCCUGUCCUGCCUGAGCCAACCCUCAAGACCGAGGGAGAAACCAAUGGCUUCGAAGCCCUCACUGUCAUGGCCGCGGAAGCGCCUUAUCGUGUACCGGCGCGCCUCGACUAUAGUCGCCUCACGUCUCUCCUUGACGCCAAAGCAUCCGCAGCCGAAGAUCACCUUUGGGCAUUGCGUGAAGACCCAUCCUAUUUCACCGAGACCCUUCUCGACUGGAGGGACCACCGGCAGGAGAUGCUUCCAGAUUUGAACGGGGACGCGCAUCCUGUCACAUCCAGAGUUCGUAGCAACACACUAUGGACUCGUGUAAUAGGCACAGCCCUUUCCGAAGCCUAUCUACAGCUUGAGGUGUUUACGGAGCUUAGCCGCCAGGCGCGCGGUUUGCAAUCACUCCAAGCCAAGUAUGCGACAGUCAUUUCACCGUCCAAGGACCUUCCGGGAGAGUAUCUGGGAGCGCUCCUGAAGUUUCGCUAUUACCUCGAACAAACGGCAAAGGGGCCCUUGAACCAUCUGAAGCAACCACCCCCCGACACCGUCACUCCCAUGAUAGCAAUCAUGUCCAGGCCCAGCGUGAAAAUGAACAAGACAGAGGAGCAUGUACUUUGGUUGCUACGCACGCUAUGGGAAGACGACCACAACUUAUUCUUGGUUCGCUUUACAAUCAUCAUGGACGAGCUGGACCGUCUUAUCAACUCCGAGCCCACGGCCAAGGAAAUGAUCGCCGCUCAUGUUGCCUCGACCAUCGCAGACCUCUCAAUCAUCGCGCAAUGUAUGCAUCAGCUUGAGCUGUACCAGCCUUGGGCGAAUGGCUUUGAAACUCAAGACUUGGAGUACAGUGAACGCCACAAGAAAGCAUAUUCUGAGCAGAGCACGAAUUGGUCAGCUCUGGUCGUCGCUUUUCGCACUGAGCGAAGUGCCAACGCUGACAAGAUUGUCCAGCUUGGAAAUCCAAGCGGCGGGCGCUUCGAUUAUCCUGUAGGCAAGCGCCGGACGUUGCAGAAUGUCGACAAGAUGCGGCAGGCGGAGGCGGACCUGGAUGCUUUCUGGGAGAACAUUGAUACCCUCAUGAACAAGAGAGGCACGCGGGUGGAGGGCACAGCAGUUGGGAAGCUCCUCUCACAAGGUCGUGUGCUACAGCGAACGCCAGAAUGGGUCGAGCCACCCAAAGCUGAAAAUCCGGCGGUUUCCAAGGCCAGUUCCGAAGCCGAAGUCGACAUGCUGUUGACGCGGCCGUUCUCGACCUUCUAUUCUAGAACAGAGCCCAACAGGCCGGUGGUGCACCCCCAGACCUCCAAGAAAGUCAAGACCCACGGCACACCAAACGCUGCCUCUUCAAGAGAGGAAGAACAGGGCAACCAGGCCGACACCAUCUCGGACCAGCAGCCGACCUUUGAGGUCGAUGCGCGUGCCUUCAAGACCUUCCGCACGCUCUUUUACAACCCCAAAGUGACGUCCACGCCGGGCGAGAUACCUUGGACCGACUUCCUGCACGCGCUCGCAUCGACGGGGUUUGUUGCCGAAAAACUGUAUGGCUCGGUGUGGCAGUUCCGCCCAACGAGGCUUGACGUGGAAAGGAGCAUCCAAUUUCAUGAGCCUCACCCGCGCGGUAGGAUACCUUUCACCGUGGCCAGGCGGCACGGACGAAGACUUUCCAGGACCUAUAGGUGGUAGCAUGUUUGUACUAAAGAAGUGAGGAGGCACGUGUGGUCUUUGGAUCAAAAGAGGCCGAGUCAGGCUGUAGUCUUGUGCCUACGCAACAAUCCUUGUUAUGAGACUUUGGCAUGCCCAAGAAUGCGGUACUUGAGUCCAAGGCCCCGAUGGUCUUCAUUUCUUUUUUUCUAGGGGGGGUAUUUAUUUUCCAGUCCCUUGCCGAGGAGGCUAAUGCGAGAGUGCGAGGUACAUCGUGUAUUCAGGAAAGGCUUUAGUGUGGGAAUCACUUUGGAGGAAUCUUCCCUCCAAGAUCAACACAUCAACACAUGUAUCGG